AUUCUCAUUUGGUCUUUGGCUUUCUUAUUCGCUACAAUGUUGUCUACAUCCUGAUAUUUUAUAUUGCUGAUUUACCUUGCAUCAUAUCACACAUGGACCAUACUCUUUAAAAAUAGUUUUAAACCAAGAAAAGCUUAUCUUCAUACUAAAUUAUGUACCACUGAGUUGAUAGUUUCAACUAAACAUUAUUAUAGUCUUAUCAAUCUAUGUUUGCCCACUUACCUCAUUAAAUUAAGCUUCAUUUCAUGUCAGCAAAACUCCAUUAGCCGACUUUGAAUUAAAUAUUGUAUGAGAUUAGUUGAGCUUGUAUAUAACUUCCAAAACUGCUUGCUAAAGGAAGUAACCAUUCCGGUAGUUCAAUGCUAUAGCGUCAUUGUUAACACUAGAAUAUAGACAUUUUAUGGGCUGUGUUUUAACAGUUAACGUGUUGAUCACUGAUGACCACUUUUAGGGUGCCAAAAAACCAUGGAUGCAGUGCGGUGGAUACACAAGAUUAGAACGUGAAUUGCUUUCUUUGAAGAGUUUGAACGCGUUUUAGUCUCCUUGUUAUAUGAUCAAAUUUUCUGAGGGCUUCCUAAAGCAUAUUGUGAUUUGCUUACGAAGCACAGAACCAUGGUGCAAUUUUCCUCUAUAUUUGAGGGACUGGCAAGGAGUGUUUCAUCUAAGCCUAGAAACGUUAAGAAUGAUGAGGGAAGGGAAGCGGUUGAGUUAUUGGCAGGUGAAGCAAAGAAGAAUCAUCUUAUAUUAAGAUGUCCUGGUGUUACAAGUGCAAGGUCUAAUGGUAAUGCAUCAGUUUUCUCCAGGAAAGGAGAGAAAGGAAUUAAUCAAGAUUGCUUGACAGUAUGGGAGGAGUUUGGCUGCCAAGAAGAUAUGACUUUCUGUGGAAUUUUUGAUGGUCAUGGUCCCUUGGGUCAUUUUGUUGCUAAAUUUGUCAGCAAACUGUUGCCGUCUAUGUUGCUGCGCAAUUGGCAGGAAAUACUUGCUGUCCAUUCACUUGAACAUGAUAUUGACGUGGAACUAAAUCAAUUGGCUAAGGAUGCCCAAGAGUUUCACAUAUGGAAGCAAACAUAUUUGAGAACGUGUUCUGUCAUUGAUCAAGAGCUAAAGCACCAUCCAAGAGUCGACUCAUUUGAUAGUGGAACUACGGCUUUGGCAAUUGUGAAGCAGGGUGAACUUCUUACUGUAGCGAAUGUUGGAGACUCUCGUGCUGUAUUAGCUACAAUGGGUGAAAGUGGGAACUUGGUCCCAAUUCAACUGACAAUUGACUUCAAGCCCAACUUACCAGAAGAAGAAGAAAGAAUAGUGUUGUCAAAAGGACGAGUAUUUUGUUCUCAAGAUGAACCAGGGGUUUAUAGGCUCUGGCAGCCAAAUAAAGCAACUCCAGGGCUGGCACUAUCACGAGCUUUGGGAGAUCAUUGCAUGAAAGAUUUUGGGCUUAUUUCUGAACCUGAAGUUACUCAAAGGCACAUUACAAACAGAGACCAAUUUGCCAUAUUGGCAACAGAUGGGGUGUGGGAUGUAAUCUCCAACGAAGAAGCCGUGCAGAUAGUUUCUUCAGCGCCAAAAAGGGAAAAAUCUGCCAAGAUGCUAGUAAAACGCGCAGCUCAUGCAUGGAAAUCUAAACGACCUGGUGUAGCAGUCGAUGACAUCUCUGCCAUCUGCAUGUUCUUCCACAGUUCCUCGACAUCUUAUCAUGUACAGACGGGACAUAAAAGUAUCAAAUAAAUGUAACAUAAUACACUCCAUCCUAUCCCAUGAAGUUUUUUCGGUUUUUUUUUUUUUUAGAACUGUAAUCAAUAUAAAUGUUUGCAGUUUUACAAAAAAAAUUAUAGGACUUCUGAAAUGGAGGAAGUAAAUGUUUGUAGCAUCGAGUUUAUAGGUGAACGUCUCAAAAUCGACCCCAGGUUUUUUGCGAGGCUGCUGUCCCUGUGAUAUUAGGGAAUUGCCUUGUUAAUCUGACAUGAUAAAUGGUAUUGUGAUCCCUUACCCUUUUGGGUUAUCCUUUACUUGUAAUUCUGUAAUAUUAUAGUAGUAUGUGUGUACUUCUUUUUUCCAUGUACUUUUAAAUAGAAGUAAUGUAUACUCUCUCCGUUCCUUUACAAUUGCAUCAAAAAAGAAAAGGAGUGAAUUUUAAGGGGAGUAUAAAGAGUUGUAAUAUUUUGUUUUUAGCGUAUGCUAUUUUAGUGGGGACGGAGGGAGUAUGUAAUAGACUGGAAUAGGCGCUACGUAUGCCAUGUUAGAGAGCAAUAUGAAAAAUACAGAUGUAGCUAU